GCGCGGCGGGCACCAGGGCGCGAGGGGGAGCGCGCGGGCGGCCGGCGCCGGGUCGCGGGAGGUGAAGCGCGGCGAGGAUGGCGGCGCCGGGCGGGCGGCUGCCGCCGCUGCUGCUCGCGCUCUCGGCGCUGCUGGCGCUGGGCCCCGCCGCCGCGGCGGCCAAGCUCAACAUCCCCAAGGUGCUGCUGCCCUUCACGCGCGCCACGCGCGUCAACUUCACGCUGGAGGCCUCGGAGGGCUGCUACCGCUGGUCCUCCACCCGGCCGGAAGUGGCCAGCAUUGAGCCGCUGGGCCCAGACGAGCAGCAGUGCUCCCAGAAGGCUGUGGUGCAGGCCCGCCUGUCCCAGCCUGCCCGACUGACCAGCAUCAUCUUUGCCGAGGAUGUCACCACCGGCCAGGUCCUGCGCUGUGACGCCAUUGUCGACCUCAUCCAUGGUAUUCAGAUUGUCUCUACUACCCGAGAGCUCUACCUGGAGGACUCACCCCUGGAGCUGAAGAUCCAGGCACUGGACUCAGAAGGGAACACGUUCAGCACCCUGGCGGGGCUGGUCUUUGACUGGACGAUUGUGAAGGACACGGAGGCCAGCGGGUUCUCAGAUUCCCACAAUGCACUGCGAAUCCUCACUUUCUUGGAGUCUACAUACAUACCUCCCUCCUACAUCUCGGAGAUGGAGAAGGCGGCCAAGCAGGGAGACACCAUCCUGGUGUCGGGGAUGAAGACCGGGAGCUCCAGGCUCAAGGCGCGCAUCCAGGAGGCCGUCUACAAGAACGUGCACCCUGCGGAGGUCAGGCUGCUGAUUUUGGAGAACAUCCUUCUGAACCCAGCUUACGAUGUCUACCUCAUGGUGGGGACCUCCAUUCACUACAAGGUGCAGAAGAUCAGGCAAGGAAAGAUCACAGAACUCUCAAUGCCUUCGGAUCAGUAUGAGCUGCAGCUGCAGAACGACAUCCGGGGCCCCAAGGGCGACACGGGCCGGCCUGUGGCUGUCUUGGCCGAGGAUACCUCCACUGUCACUGCAGUGCAGCUGGGACAGACCAGCCUCGUCCUGGGCCACAGGAGUAUCCGCAUGCAGGGUGCGUCCAGGCUGCCUAACAGCACCAUCUACGUGGUUGAACCCGGGUACCUAGGGUUUACAGUCCACCCCGGUGACAGGUGGGUGCUGGAGACCGGCCGCCUAUACGAAAUUACCGUUGAAGUGCUUGACAAGUCUGGCAACAAGGUCUACCUGUCAGACAACAUCCGCAUCGAGACCAUGCUUCCUCCUGAAUUCUUUGAGGUGCUCUCUUCUUCUCAGAAUGGCUCUUACCAUCAUGUGAGGACCAUAAAGAGGGGCCAGACAGCCAUUGAGGCAGCCCUCACCUCUGUGGUGGACCAGGAUGGAGGAGUCCAUACGUUACGGGUGCCUGUGUGGAACCAGCAGGAGGUGGAAAUUCAUGUCCCCAUCACCCUGUAUCCCGGCAUCUUGACGUUUCCCUGGCAGCCAAAGACCGGGGCCUAUCAGUACACCAUCAAGGCCCAUGGUGGGAGUGGGAACUUCAGCUGGUCUUCAUCAAACUACGUGGUUGCUACGGUCACCGUCAAAGGUGUGAUGACCACAGGCAGCGACACUGGCCUCAGUGUGAUCCAGGCACAUGAUGUGCAGAACCCACUACAUUUUGGCGAGAUGAAGGUGUACGUGAUCGAGCCCAGCAGCAUGGAGUUUGCCCCCUGCCAGGUGGAGGCUCGGGUGGGCCAGAUCCUGGAGCUGCCACUGAGGAUCAACGGCCUCAUGCCUGGUGGAGCCAGCGAGGUGGUCACCCUGAGCGACUGCUCCCACUUUGACUUGGCAGUUGAGGUGGAGAACCAUGGUGUGUUCCAGCCACUCCCAGGGAGGCUGCCGCCGGGAUCGGAGCACUGCAGUGGAGUCACGGUACGAGCAGAGGCCCAGGGCUACACUGCACUCCUCGUGAGCUACAAACAUGGCCACAUCCACCUGAGCGCCCGGAUCACCAUUGCUGCCUACCUGCCGCUCAAGGCUGUAGACCCCUCCUCUGUUGCCUUGGUGACCCUGGGCUCAUCAAAGGAAAUGCUGUUUGAAGGCGGUCCCAGACCCUGGGUCCUCGAGCCUUCCAAAUUCUUCCGGAACGUUACCUCUGAGGACAUGGACAGUAUCGGUCUGGCUCUCUUUGGUCCCCCUGCUUCCCGAAAUUACCAGCAACACUGGAUCCUUGCAACCUGUCAGGUUUUGGGCGAGCAGGUCAUCGCCCUCUCAGUGGGGAACAGGCCCAGUGUCACCAACCCCUUUCCUGUGCUGGAGCCCUCGGUGGUGAAGUUGGUGUGUGCGCCACCCUCCAGGCUCACCCUCACGCCUGUCUACGCCAGCCCACAGCUGGACCUAUCCUGCCCGCUGCUGCAGCAGAACAAGCAGGUGGUGCCGGUCUCCAGCCACCGCAACCCCCUGCUGGACCUGGCUGCCUAUGACCAGCAGGGCCGCAGAUUUGACAACUUCAGCUCUCUGAGCAUCCAGUGGGAGUCCACCAGGCCACUGUUGGCUAGCAUUGAAGUUGACCUACCUAUGCAGCUGGUGUCCCAAGAUGACGGGAGCGGCCAAAAGAAGUUGCAUGGUUUGCAGGCCAUUUCAGUCCAUGAGGCCUCAGGAGCCACCGCUGUCUCCGCCACCGCCACCAGCUACCAGCAGUCCCACCUGGGCGCAGCCGGGGUGAAACAGCCGCACGACCCCCUCGCACCUGUGUCAGCCUCCAUAGAGCUCAUCCUGGUGGAGGACGUGCGGGUGAGUCCAGAAGAGGUGACCAUCUACAACCACCCGAGUGUGCAGGCAGAGCUGCACAUCAGAGAAGGCUCUGGCUACUUCUUCCUCAACUCCAGCUCUGCAGACGUCGUGAAGGUGACCUACCAGGAGGCCAGGGGUGUCGCCGUGAUACACCCUCUGCUCCCGGGGACGUCGACCAUCAUGAUCCAUGACCUGUGCCUGGCUUUCCCAGCCCCUGCAAAGGCAAAUGUUUUCGUCUCAGAUAUCCAGGAGCUGUACGUUCGCGUGGUUGACAAGGUGGAGAUUGGGAAGACAGUCAAGGCCUAUGUCCGGGUGCUGGACCUCCACAAGAAGCCUUUCCUGGCCAAAUACUUUGCCUUCAUGGACUUGAAGCUCCGAGCCGCCUCCCAGAUCGUCACAUUGGUGGCCCUGGACGAGGCCCUGGACAACUACACUGCCACCUUCCGUGUCCACGGUGUGAGCAUUGGCCAGACCAGUCUCACUGCGACCGUGACUGAUAAAGCUGGACAGAGGAUCAACUCAGCCCCGCAGCAGAUCGAGGUCUUUCCCCCAUUUAGAUUGAUACCCAGGAAGGUGGUGCUGAUUAUCGGGGCCACUAUGCAGAUCACCUCUGAAGGCGGCCCCCAGCCUCAGUCCAACAUCCUCUUCUCCAUCAGCAACGAGAGCGUGGCGGUGGUGAACGGGUCGGGGCUGGUGCAGGGCCUCGCUGUCGGCAAUGGCACCGUGUCGGGGGUGGUGCAGGCCGUGGAUGCUGAGACCGGCAAGCUCGUUAUUGUGUCUCAGGAUCUUGUGGAGGUGGAGGUGCUGCUUCUCCAGGCAGUGAGGAUCCGUGCCCCCAUCACACGGAUGAGGACAGGGACCCAGAUGCCGGUCUACAUCACCGGAAUCACUAACAACCAGAACCCUUUCUCCUUUGGCAAUGCUGUGCCAGGCCUGACCUUCCACUGGUCUGUCACCAAGCGGGACAUCCUAGACGUCCAAGGGCGGCACCAUGAGGCAUCGAUCCAGCUACCAUCACAGUACAACUUUGCCAUGAACGUGCACGGUCGGGUGAAAGGCCGGACCGGGCUGAGGGUGGUGGUCAAGGCUCUGGACCCCACAGCUGGGCAGCUGCUUGGCCUCGCCAAAGAACUCUCUGAUGAGAUCCAAAUCCAGGUAUUUGAAAAGCUGGUGCUGCUGAACCCUGAAAUAGAAGCUGAACAAAUAUUAAUGUCACCCAACUCGUUUCUAAAGCUGCAGACAAACAGGGAUGGCACAGCGUCUCUGAGCUACCGUGUCCUGGACAGGCCUGAGAAGGUUCCCCUCGUGCACAUCGAUGAGAAAGGCUUCCUGGUGUCGGGGUCCGCGAUUGGCACGGCCACAAUCCGAGUGACUGCCCAAGAGCCUUUUGGAGCCAACCAAACCAUUACCAUCGCUGUAAAGGUGUCUCCUGUUUCUUACCUGAGACUCUCUAUGAGCCCUGCCCUGUGCACCCAGAACAAGGAGGCUCUGGUGGCCCUGCCUUUAGGGAUGACCAUGACCUUCACUGUCCACUUCCACGACAACUCUGGAGACAUCUUCCAUGCUUACAAUUCAGUCCUCAACUUUGCAACAAACAGAGAUGAGUUCGUGCAGGUCGGGAAAGGUGCCACCAACAACACAUGGGUCGUCCGUGCCGUCAGUGUGGGCCUGACGCUGCUCAGUGUGUGGGACACGGAGCAUCCUGGCCUCUCAGACUUCGUCCCGCUGCCCGUCCUGCAGGCCAUCUCCCCAGAGCUGUCUGGAGUGGUGGUGGUGGGGGAUGUCCUCUGUUUGACCACUGUUCUGGUCAGCCUGGAAGGUAUCUCUGGAACCUGGAGCUCCUCAGCCAACAACAUCCUCCACGUGGACCCCAAGACCGGCGUGGCCGUAGCCCGGGAUGUGGGAUCUGUGACAGUUUACUACGAGGUUGCCGGGCACCUGAGGACCUACAAGGAGAUGGUGAUCGGUGUCCCUCAGAGGAUCGUGGCCCAUCACCUCCACCCCGUCCAGACCAGCUUCCAGGAUGUGGCAGCCUCCAAAGUGAUGGUCACCGUUGGAGACGGGAACUCCAACCUGAGAGGUGAGUGUUCCCCCACCCAGCUGGAAGUCAUUGAUACGCUGCACCCAGAAUCCCUCAUCAGCUGCCAGCUCCAGUUCAAGCAAGACUUCUUCGACUUCCAGGCCCGGGACAUCUUCACUGCAGAGCCAGGGUUUGAUGCUGCUUUGGGCCGGUACCUCUGCUCCAUCACGAUGCACAGGCUGACGGACAAGCAGCUGAAGCACCUCAGCAUGAAGAAGACAGUGCUGGUGGUCACCGCCUCCAUGCUGGGCAGCCACUUCUCUGCAGAGCAGCUCGGGGCCGAGGUGCCCUUCAGCCCGGGGCUGUAUGCUGACCAGGCUGAAAUCCUUUUGAGCAACCACUACACCAGUUCCGAGGUCAAGGUCUUUGGUGCCAUGGAGGUUUUGGAGAACCUGGAGGUAAAAUCUGGGUCUCCGGCUGUACUUGCCUUCAUGAAGGAGAAGUCUCUGGGGCUGCCCAGCUUUGUGACCUACACAGUCAGUGUCUCAGAUCCCACAGCCGGCAGCCAGGGCCCUCUGUCCACCACCCUGACCUUCCUGAGUCCCAUGACUAACCAAGCCAUCACUGUCCCAGUCACCGUGGCCUUCGUGAUGGAUCGCCGCGGACCCGGACCUUAUGGAGCCAGCCUCUUCCAGCACUUCCUGGAUUCCUACCAAGUCAUGUUCUUCACGCUUUUUGCCCUGCUGGCUGGGACCGCUGUCAUGAUCAUAGCCUACCAUGCCGUCUGCACACCCCGGGAGCUCUCUGUGCCUCCAGCCCUCUCCCCCCAAGCCAGCCCUCGGCACAGCCCCCACUAUGUCGCUGCCUCGUCGCCAACACCUUUCAACGCUUUGCCUGCCGUGCGCAGAGCCAGCCCCCGCUCCGGGUUAUGGAGCCCCGCAUACAGCUCCCACUAGCCAGCCCCAGGCUGGGCCUGCACCCAGGACAAUCCUACCCCAUCCGACCUGGAGCCAGCUCCCGGGCUCAAGCCCCAGGCCUCGCCUGCUUUGCCAGGGCUGUAGUUAUUAGGCCACGCUUGUUCGCUUGUUCUUACAUGUAGGAGGUUAGGGGUGUGCUUGGUUUGUGUUCUUUGGAAUCUUGCAAAGCUGAGACUUCUCAGCACAUUCCUUCUGCCCUCUGCCCGGGGUCCUGGACAGCACGCAGUGUCCACUUCUCCCAGCGUGGCUGGCGUCAACACCCACGGUCCUGUGCGCAGCAGCUCUGUUGAGGAGUCAUCUGCGGUGACGCCACCAGGCGAUCUCAGGGAAUGGACUUUUUCAUUCUUUUUGUGAGGGUUUUUCUCCGUGGAAACUUUACUUUCCCCACGUCUGGCUGCUGCUCGGAAAUGAGAGCAGCAGAAGUGAGUGUUUGUGCCUGCCCUUCCCCCACGCAGGGAGCCUCAGGGACGCAGGCACUGCACCACUGGCCCCCUGCGGCCUCCCAGCCACCUCAAGCCGAGAAUGGGCUGCUCUCGCUGCUCUUCAGGCCGCUGUAAAUGAACAGACCUCCCGUCCUCUGUUUCUGUUUCAUAAACUGUGGAAAUAGCUCCAGGCUUGGCUCUGGCCCCGCUGGGGCCUCCCAAGGUCUGGCUCAGUCUCCCCUUCCCACUUCUUUAUCAGCCCAGGGACAUCCAGACUCGUGGCGUCCCUGAGCUGGAGACAGGGAUCUCCCUUCCUGCUGGGCUGAGGGCUGCGGUGCCCAGUGACUCUCGCCCCGCUGACCCUCACCCUGCUUCCCACACACACCUCAGCACCUCUGAGCCUCUGUUCUGGCCAAAGGCCCCCCCCCCAGGCAGCUCCCCCACCGGCCACAGAGCCCAAGGGGCCCGAAACGGAUGACUGGGAAGCUCCUCCUUCCCAGCUCCUCAGAUUCACCUCUGAAACCUCCAGAACCCGCCCUGGGCCCAGGAGCCAGUCUGCUCAGGACGGCCUGCAGGCACCUGGAGCCACCCCAGACGGAGGCUGCCUGCUCAGUUCCACUGGGGAUCUGAGCCUGCAGGGUAUUUUUCUAAAGCUGAAGACAGGAAGAAUUGUGCCUUGCGUGUUACUUGAGCUCAAACUGACAACUUGGAUGUAAAUAGACGCAUUUCUACUGGGUUUAUUUAAUAAAGCUCUAUAUAAUUUCUUAAGAGA